AUGGACGAGAAUGCGGAGAAUGCACCAGGUGUUACCCUUCCGUCGACCUCCGAGGUCGCCACGGGCUCUCACGACGCGAGCUUGGAUCCGCUAGCUGAUGACGAUACCCUGGACGACUCUGUCGCUCCUUCCGCUACCUCUGAGAUCGCAUCUGUUCCCCAACAGCAGCCAAAUUGCGACGCAACCGAAGCACCAGAUGUUGCCUCCUUGUUAUUAGCUGCCGCCACUAGCGCGCCAGAUCUACGUCGGUCCUCGUCAUCAGGCGGCGUUGCCGCUCCGCGUGGCGUAGGCUUCAGCCUGGGCGCGGGUCUCGGCCGGCGUAUUAGAAGUCGCAGCGGCGGAGACGACGGCGACCACGGGUCUUCGGAGCUCGUUCAGCAACUCCAGAGACUCUGCAGACGACAGAGACAGCGCUCCGAAGAGCGCUCCUUCGUGCGAGAUGUGGAGCGCGUACUGACCUUGUUGAGAGCGCAGACACCUGCAUCAUCAGAUACAGGAGUGACGUCGGCCACGUUCCCAGGUCCAGGGCUCUCACUGGAGGCGCUGGGUAGCGUACAGGAGGAAGACGAAGCUACUGGAGAGGAGAGACGCAGCUCCUCCACGAGUAAUAGUUCUACAUUCAGUAGCUUCAGCUCUAUGAAUUCCAGUGACCGACUAAGAGAGACACUAACCCUCGCUGAGAUCGACGCUCUGCUGGAUUGCAUUGCAGACCUGUUCGACCACCGUAAUCCCAGUGUACGCGCACUGGCCUUUGAAGUGGUGCAGCUGUGUUUGCUGCGCUUUGGCGAGAGACUGACGCCAGCGUUGAGGAGGAAGAUAUAUUUACGGCUGGAGACUCACCCUCCUGGAGAUUAUUUGCUGCGACAGAAAGCAAUUCGAGCUCUAACGCAGGAUGGACGUCACUUGGAGCCUUUUAAUGUUGAACUGGGUUGGUUCUUGCUGCGGUUAUUGGAACAGUCGGACGCUCAGCGCGACCUGCUAGGACUUAUUCAGAGUAUAUUACGCCGUAGUCCUCGAGCCCUGGAUCGUGACAAGGUGCUUGCUAUUGUGGCGGUUAUAAGUGCACGGUGUGAUAUCGCGUGGAGCCGCAAUGAUUUGGACGCGUGCCGUAGGUUUGUUGCCUUUUAUCACGUGCUGGCAACACAUGGCUUAGCUUACGCAGCGAGUACCCCAGCGUGCCUGCGGUCGCUGUGUUGUAUUGUGAACGCUGAUGGGCAUGGGACGUGGUCGGUCAUGAAGUUGCUACUUGAUGGAAGUUCGGGUUUCCUUGUACUGCGAGGCCUACUUCAAUUACUGGAACAUCCGACGGGGGUUAAUUCGCCCUGGGUUUUACGAGGUGCUGUGUUUUUUGUAGGAAUGUCCUGCUGGGGUUCUCAGCGAGUGGCGAAAUUUGACGAUAUUGCGUGGGCUCCCAUCGUACUGGCGCUUGAGCAAGCCUUACAGUGCUGUCGGGGUGUGGUCAUAUUCGAGGUCAUCUUAUCUGUUCAACGCCUUAUCAAGAAGUUUGGAGCAGCUCAUCAAGCAGGGAGUGGACAAAGCGCUACCACGCCACCCAAACUAUCAUCGCUGUCCGGAGACCGUAGCCAUGAUACUACCGUAAGCGGUGCCACUACCUCCAGUUUAAGCAGUAACCGGGAUAAACGCUGUCUAGUUAUGGAAUGGGAUAUUAUUUUACGUAUGCUCCAGACACUGAGACCAUGGGUGUCCAUGACUGAUGAAAACGAGAUUGAAGAAGCUCCUCAGCGAACAAUGCAGCCGGAAAAUCGGAGAGCGGAAGCGAAAAUGCAUCGGACAGCAGCUAUCCAUCCAGCAAAAAAUGACCUACCCGACCAACCGCAGCAUCAUCUUUCAAUAUCAAUUCAACAGACCAGAAUUCCCCGUGAGCUGCUUGAUACUCUGCAAGCUGUGGAAGAUCUUGUGGAACAACAGCAGUUUGCUGGAGAUGUGGAUGAAUUUCUCAAUAUUCUUGAGGAGUAUUUACCGCAUCUCAGUGAAAAUUCCAUGCUCUUUCUGCUGCGACAGCGUGCCGAGGCUGCCCAUCCAGGCUAUCAUCUGGACUGGCUGUCUACCUUAUCGACUACAAUGCGAACACUUUUCACGUGCCUUAGUCCUGAUGGUGACGCUCUCCCUGUGCCAAGCACUGUGCGGUUAGAGGCACUGGAGAUGCUACGAGUCAAUCUUUGGACAAGUCGCAAUGUCUGCGAGGACCGCGUCAUUGAAGAAGUGGUAAUUCCGACACUUGGUCGAGUUUAUGAAGACCCGGAUGCGGAGAUUCGUCGUCGUGCUCUGUCGUUUAUCAUUGAGGUAGCAAGACAAUUGGAAAGUGUCAAGUUUGACUCGCUGCUUGAUAUACUGGCGAGUGCGAUGACGCUUUCAAGCAACGAAGACGCUCAGCUCGUGGCAGCUUCGGGCAUUGUUUCCCUUUUCUCGUCUGCGUUCGAUCAUUUACCACCAGCUCGCGCUGUGCGUAUGUAUGACCUUCUUGCCACAACAGUAGAAACCCAUCGAAACCGUGAUGUUCGGCAUACAGCACUAUCGUGCCUGCUGAACGUAUGUGAGGCCCGUGCAACGGAUUGGAAACUCCAGUGGAAGGAACAGCAACAAACUCGCACGUCGCGUUUCUUGUAUGUGUCUCGACGAGCAGCGCGUAUCAACACAGCUGGCGUGCAGGUGACAGCUUCCUGUGUACCAGUGGCUCGUGCCCUCCGUGCUCUCUUGACACUCGUGAGUGCUGAGCCUGAUGCGGAGCUAUUCUGUAUGGCUGUGAAAGGCAUCAAGACUAUGCUAGAAAACCGCGCCAUUCUUGAAGAUGUUGAUGUCAGUGAGGUCUCAGCGAAGGUUGUCGCAAGUAUUGAUUAUCGAGCCUUUGGCCGAGCUGCAAUACCUGACGAGGUCGGCAAAUUACUUCACAACCAGAAAGACGAUCAGGAGUCCAGCGAUGAUAACUCCACGAUAUUGAUGCCUCGACAUCACAAGUCCCAAGAUGACGGUAGACGUGCUAAUCGAGCAAUUCCGCUGACAGAUGCAGAGCUCGUUCGCUCGAUUAGGUCCUUAAGUACGGGCGAGAGUGGCAAUACGACGGUGGCGUUCAGUGCGAGAGUGCAGGCAACAGUAGCUCUGCUGGCUAAAACUCGGUUUCUUGCGAUGGGAGUCGAGCUGCUACAACUUCUUGUUAGCUACGAGGCCGAGCUGCACGAUAACGCACUGCAAGAGCUCACGCGAUGCUUGAUUGGCGCCAUGAAGUUACGAUUGGCUGUCGCCGAGAAGGACUUGUUCGCGGGAGGUACUUCUGGAGAUGACUCGACUCUAUCUGCGGCGGCAUCGUCGCCGAAUAUGCUGUAUCACCACGAAGAAACAGAAGCUCAGGUUGCAUACGCUUCUGGUACACCAUUUGGAUUUACAUCUCGUGUGUUGUCGCGGUUCCAGACGUCUGCAUCUCAUGGUAAUUUGUUCCACGCGUUGUCUGGAUCUGUGAGUAAAUCCUCUUUAGGGCCAGCUCCAGUACAAACAAAUACACCAGGACGUCCGACACGAAGGGAUAGAGCUCGAUUGCAGGACUUUCUGCGACAGCUUUUCGAAGCCGAGUUUAAACUGCUGCACACCACAACCACCGCGUUGGGUCUGUUAGCUCUGGUCUCGUCUGGUUCAGUACUUGGCCAACUUGACGAAGUCCUUCAAAGUCUGCGCGCUUGCGUUACGACAGUGGAUGGAGACUUUCGACCCGAUGCUUUCGUUGCUGUACUGGAAUUAUUGGGCAUCAUCGUGUCUGUAUUGGCUGGCGAACCAGAAGAAAGCGUGCUGCGUGCACAUAAGGCGAUGGUGGAGGCGCUGCUGCUUGGAUUCGAAUAUGCCAAGUCAAAGCAGUUGUCCUACCUUUCGUUCCGUCUUCUCUGCCAAGUUAUUCACCAAAGUGAUCGCAAGAAUAGGAUCGGACUUGCGACACUGGCAUUGCCAACACUGCAGCAGUGUGCACGUCGCGCGAAUAGCCUUCUUGCAGAGGCUGCAGUCGACUUUUUGAUGUGCUACGCGUAUUCCCAAUCAGCGGUAGUUCCUUCGGCCCUUGUCGGUCGACGGCAGCAACAACACCACGACGAGAUGUCAAGUACGGACAGUGAUUCGUCCCAAGCGAAGUCAAGGUCUUGGGUUUACAAACGGUCAUUAUUGACAAUUACGACAACCUCGAAGGGGGAUACAUCACUUGUAAUUCGCAGAGCUAACUGCACCAGCCGUUGGGAGCUUGAUGCAUGCCACGAUCUCUCGUUAAAUCCAGCAGCCUCAUCCCUACUAUUUCCACGCUCUCGUCUGGAUAAGUAUUGUGAGGCCGAUAGUACUCGCACAAAUUCCAACCGUCGAGAUCUACAGUCAAUGGAGAUCGGAACUACAGGCUCUAACACAGCAAACCGCACCGCUCUCCCAGCUGAGCUCAGACCAACUCAUUUAAGUUUGUCUGGGUCAAUGUCAGAAGCCAACAUCAACGCUCGUGGUAUGAAAAACAAUAUUGAUGCUGCCGUGGACGAAAGUCAGAACGAUACACAGAUAAAUUCAUCUCGGCAAGCCACAGUAAACACGUUUCAACACGCGUCGGUAGCGGCAGCACUGCCGCCUCUACCUGCGUACGAUGGCAUUGGCGGGUCACCAUCGUACUAUUGUGACAACACACCAGUGCGUCGUCAACCACCAGGAAGUCUCGGUCACUCAACCUCGAGGAGGCAUUCCAGACAAGCAGAAGGAGAUGAUGGACGUGAAGGUUCGCCAGGGAUUCGCGCGAUUCGGGAAGACGCUGAAGAGAAUGAUGACGUAGGAGCUCGUCACGGACUUGUGGAGAAUGAAGACGAAGAGAGUGGGAACGAGAUGGCUGAAUUCUUCUUGAACGGCAGCACAGAAGAAGCAUUGAGUACCCCAGUACAAGCACCCAGGGUGCUUCACUUUUCGAGCAAUAAUGAUUCUACAUCGGCUGCAUCAAGGGAAAUGGAUGGACUGUCGGUGUUGUCCAAUGGAGACCAACAUGAUCCCAACUAUUUGAUGAUGCAGCUCUUCGAUAUCACCGUGGAAAACCGGCCAAAACUACUAAGUGAUGGACCAUCUUUAAAGCUGGCGCUCAGUGUUCUGGAUCGUACUCCGGAAUAUGAAACGCACAAAAUUGGAUUGCUGUACGUUCGAGACGAGAAGCGAUCUUCCGAGUCUGCUAUCUUAGGAAACACAGGAGGAUCGCUUCGCUACCUGCGGUUCCUACGUGGUCUCGGUACCUUCACGAAAUUGGAGGGACUUCCGGGAUAUUCAGGUGGACUGGACACAACAGGCAACAGCGAUGGAAAAUUCGGCCUCAUCUAUAAGGAUGCAUGUUCACAGAUUAUGUUCCAUGUAGCGACGAUGAUGGUUCCCGAUAGUAAACCUUCCAUUGAAUCUGCUGUGGACAACUUGUCGUCAAUGAAGAAGAAGCGCCAUAUCGGUAACGAUUUCGUUCACGUUGUGUUCAAGGAAUGCGACGAAGACUACGACCUGCAAACACUGUCUGGACAGUUUAAUGACGUGCACAUCGUCAUUCAACCUUUGAACGACCAUGAAUACCGCACAGAAGUGCAUGUGAAGGCAGGGAUCCCACCGUUUGGUCCGCUGUACGGCAGACAGAUUGUCUCGAGUUCCAUUAUAUCGGAAACCGUGCGACUCACAUGUCUGAACGCCAAUCUGGCAUGCCAAGUAUUCCACCAGGACCUUGUCGGGUUCGCACUGAAUUGUGAAGAACGGCUGAAGCAAAUUAAGCAGUUAGGUCUUCGACUUGCCACCACAGAUGAAUGGAAGAUCGACUAG